CAUGACCACAGUGCCUCUGGCCUCUCCGCACCAUGGAGCUGGAGCUCGAAGCCGGCGGCGGCGGAACCAGGGCGGUAUCCCUCUCCGUUGACUCCCCAACGGCCGACCUCGGCCGUGGCGACCUAGGCCACGGCGGCUCCUCCCGGGACGGCACCGUCUCGCGCCGCCACGUGUGCCUCCGCCUCCUCGAUGCUGGCGGCGGGGUCGCGUUCGCGGUUGUGGGUAAGAACCCCGUGGUCGUCCGCCGCUCGUCGAACGGCAGAAGCGGAAGCAGCAGCAGCAGGGUGUUCCGCCGCGGCGAGAAGGGCGAGCUCAGGCCCGGGGACGGGCUGUCGCUGUCGCUGAAGGCGCCUUCCUUCUGGGCGGUGCGGAGGAGGGAGGGGAACGGGGAGGGGGAGGUGGAGGUGGAGCCCGCCGUGCUGGAUGCGGUGGCGAGGCGGGAGAGGCGGACGCGGGAGCGGAAGGAGAGGGAGAUGCGAGUUGCGGAGAAAGAGGCCAUGGAGGUCACCGAAGAGGAGGAGGGGGCCGCGGGCUCUGAUGUGGAGGGUUUGGAAAUCGAUUUAGCAAGCGUCGAUCCGGUUCGAGAAUUUGGGUUCUUGUCAAUGGGCCAUGAAUUUGACAGUUACCCGAAGGGAAGGAUUCGUCCUCCAAAGGAUUGGAAUUGGUUUUUAGAGGAAAUAAAGAGGAACUCUGGUGAUGAAGAUGAUGAAGUUAGCAACAGGAGAGCUAGAUCCGCAGGUAGGGGUGGGAACAAGAAGAAGAAAGACGGAGAAGGUGAAGAUGACGAUUGGACUGAUGAGAGUGAGGAUGAAAAGGAGUCUCUGGCAAGAGGUCCUAGUGUGAAGAGACCAAAAUAUGUAACGAGAUCAAAGGAUCCGAAAAAGCCUCGUAAGGAAAACUCAAAGGUUAAAAGUGGCAAUAAUAGCGACAGGGAUGAAGGGGUCGAGGAUGAUGAGGACGAGGAAGAUGAAACACUGGGAGGUUUUAUAGUUAACGAAGAGGAUGAUGAGCCUAUGGAAGAGCUGAGCGAGGAAGAGGAAGAAUUUGAUGAUGAGGAUGACAAUGAUUGAUAACAACAUAAAAAAUCAACCUUCUCUGUGAUGAUGUAAAGCGCUGAUAAGUAGUUGUAUUUUGUUCUCCUUCGAACUUGUGUAAAUAUUGUCCGACAACUGUUGAAGUGAUGUUUUUCUUUUCUGAAAGAAUUGAAGUGCUGUUCGCUCA